AUGAAAAUGAAACUUUUCGUGACGGCGACAUUUUACAUGGUAACGAGCACCUGUAUUUUACCUUCACCGUUGACGUUGCAAUUAAUCCUGGAAUUUGCUAAAUGGAAAGGCUGGGAUCAGAUAGUACUGUUCGAAAAUUUUACCUCCUUAGAUUGUGUCUUUAUUUAUACGAAACCUUUGAUCGCGUGUCUCUCGAACGAAGGAAUCGCCAUGUCGAUACAAUCGGCCGCUAAUCCGAACAUACCUGAUGCCCUCGCGAUACAGAAGCAUCGAAUCGGAUCGAUCGUUUUACUGGAUGGGCUUAAUCUCACGUCCCCUGAUAAUGUCCUUCACGUGGUGAGAAGACUUAGACUGCGGAUGUUUACACAUUUGUGGAUAACUCAAGCAAUUAGAAAACUGCAUGUAACCGCAUCGCAGAAGUUUCAAUUCAAUUAUUACGUGUCUUGGCUGAUGAUAACCAUGAGGAACACGGACGCGACGAUCGAUACUGUGCUCCGACACUUGAACAUUGGUAUCGAUAGCGAUGUGAUCGUUGCAACGUCUCCGUUAACGUACGAAGCGAUACAAGAAAUGUCUCGAACAUACUGGAACAGAACGUGUGCGUCUCUGCAACGCUACGGGUUGAGCUUCGACUUCCCGGAGCCACCAAUUAAAAAGUUCGACGAGAACGCGUCCAUUAAUCUGAAUUACGCGAUCCUCGAGAAUAAAACGGUGCUUUUUCAGUUCGUCCAUGCGUACAAAAUCCGCUUCUCGGAUAACAGUAGUCUAGUGACGAAUUUCCUUGGUUCAUGGUGCCUGAAUUCAUGGUCGUUGAACAGCCCGAUAAGCGUGAAAUUGCGGAACGAGUUCAAAGGACAACCGAUCGUCUUCGGUGUUCUGAACGGAACCAUCGAUCGACAAAUGGACACGGACGAAGAGGAGGCAAACGAUGUCACGCCGCUCCUCGAUUUUGCUAAUUUCGUUACCAGCAGUGUGAACGCCAGCAUCGAAUUCAUACCGCACGAGAAAUUAGGUACGUUGAAUAACAAAGUAUGGAAUUAUUUGCUCGGAGACGUCGUCACUGGGGAAGUAGACAUUGGACUGGGAUAUAUCACCGUGAAUAAAGAACGACAAGAGGAGAUGUCGUUUAGUCACCCUCUGAUUCGUUAUAUGAGAAACAUUUAUUAUCAUCCGCUGGAAACUGGUACCAUGAGAGAUAUAUUUCGUCAACCGUUUAAUAAUUGCUUGCUAAGCUGCGUCGCGUCCACUUAUUUCGCCAUUCUGGUAACGAUGGGAUUGAUCAUUUAUGCGGCGAAAACUGUUUUACACAACGAGGAAGCAAACCGCGUUGAAAUUGGGGAAGCUGCGCUCUGGUGCAUCAGCAUAAUGUGUAUGCAAGGUUCUGCAUGGACACCAUGGAAUCCAUCAGGGAAAACAGUGUUAUUAUUUAGUCUGAUGUUCGCUUUAGUAACAUACAGUGCCUAUGCUGGUUUUAUUACUUCAAUUUUAUCGGUGCAGGCCAGCGGCAUCAAAUCUAUUACCGAUAUAUUGUCACACAAUUUUGAAUUAGGCUACAGCAUCACCGAUGACGAAUACAUCAGAAAUGUGAAUGAUAGUAAUCUCCGGCAGUUAUAUAUAAGAGCGUAUAACAGCCGAGAAUCUAAAUUGGAUACUAUUUCUGGCCUUACAAAGGCUGUGAAAGGACAUUAUGGCUUUUUCGUAAGUGCAACUCUUGCACGACGCGCCCUCAGAUCCACUUUGAUCCAAGAACGAUGUACUCUGAAAGAAUUGCCUCUUCCGCAAACGUUCACAACGGUGGCUCUGCCGAUGGCUAAUUCUUGCCCUUAUAAAAAAAUUAUUAAUUUGAAUAUUCUGAAAAUACGAGAACGAGGCGUCCUGAACAGAAUAACAGAACGAAUGUUACCAGAGAUGCCUCGAUGUAAAUCGCCGACCACAUUUCACAGUGCCAGACUGGCCGACGUUUACUCCGCUUUUUUCAUCUUGAUCGCCGGAAGCGUAUCGGCCGUUUCCAUUUGGGUCGUCGAGAGAAUUUGGCACAAGAGGCGACAAAUGAAGGAAACGAUCGUUCGUGGAAUGCGUCAACAUCGCUUGAUGCCCUCUCACCUGCCGCAUCUGCCACAAUUACCUCGUUUCUCGCAUCUUCCUCAUUUGUCGCAUUUGCACUCGCGUGAGCAUCGUCGGAACAAUUUCUCUCUGAAGACGAACGACGAACACUUCGCUUCAAGUUCUGCCGUUCCUACGCACGAUUCGCGAGAAGAAAUUUCCCGUAGAAAGAAUCAACAACACUAUAUGGAUGUGGACGAAGAAAUCGAUCAACCUCGCCUCGAGCCGAAAUUUUUCAGCUGGAGAAAACGGAAUAAUUUCAAAGGAACGGGACUGUCGAUAAAGAUGCUCGACAAAAGUCAGAAGAGUAGAUCCAAGGCAAUAGAUAACACGACUUUCCCUUUUCAUCAGUAACUGGAAAGGAUGCUACGUUUAAAAAAUUUAUCUGCUCAUCCUCCAAGAACGACUAUUGUCAUAUUUUCAAAAAGUCUCUUCAGUUUCACAUCAGUAUUUAAAUACUUGAACAACUUCGUCAAGACGUUAACGAAGAUACAAAUUUGGAAAAUUGUAAAAUUAUAGACAUUUUUAAUACACUGGUCGAUGUAGUACUACACAAGUUAGAAAUGAAAUAUUUUUGUGACAAAGCUGUCUUUUGAGUUGAACAAAGAUAACUUAAAUUAUAUCUUAUAUAUGUAACAUGUACAUAACAUGGUGUGAAGAUAUGUUGGAUUAUAACUCGUGACGAUUUAGAUUAUUUUAUUCACUGAUGUGGCAAGUAAUUGAAUCUUGAACUUUUGGCAGACUAAAUUUCGUUAUGUGUAUGAGAAAUUGCUUCUGAUCUCUAAGUUGCGACAAUUGUCUAAGACUAAACUGAAGUUAAGAAUUUCUGAAUGGAUUUAUUCUGUUUGACUAACUUCAACAAAUUCUUUCUAACUAAUUUGUCUAGGAAAUUUUCGUCUCUCCUUUUAAAAAAAUUUCGAGGAAGAUUAAGUCGAAGGACAUGUUGAAACCAAUCAGGAAGUAUGAUUUCAGAAUUUUUUGUUUGUCACUCACGCAAGAUGUGGCAGAAACGAUGAAUGAGUCCAUCAUCUAUUCGGGAAAUCGUCCUGUCAUCGCUUCUGGCAAUGCAAUUUCUUAUAUGACAAAAAGAAACUUUGCAUUCGAAAAUUGAAUAGAUAAAUGGAAACUGAAACCUAUGGAAAAUCUGAUUAUAAAUUAUCUAGUCACGACGAGAGAUGUGCACCUAAUGUUUAACUUAAAGAAGUAAUUUUGAAUGUUCAUAAAUUAUUAUGCACCGUUCAUAAAUUAUUAUUUUAAUAUUUAAAAUAUUUUUGCAAAAGUCGAUUUAUAUUCAAGAAAAAGAUGUUAGAUGAUUUUAGAAGAUAAUUAAAUGUGCAUCAUUUAUGUGUAGAAAUUUCUAAUGUUUUCUGAGCUUCGCAUACGAGUAAGAUAAAUUUUUCGAUGUUGUUAUAAAUAUUUAAAUAUUUCUUUUACUUUCAUCAUGCAUACCAUUUUAUGCAAAUGUAUAUUGCAUAAAAUGGUUUUUCGUCCAUGUAAUGUUAGAAUAUAAAUAUUUAAAGUUAGUAUUAUAAAAUACUUUUGUACACUUGUGACAUCGAAACCAAGAUUUUUUAAAGAUCGCGAGUAAAAAGUUUGAAGAUCUGUAAACGGAAUAAUCAAGAAUCUAUCCCCUCAAAUCAAUUUCGCUGCCAAUUGUUCCUUUGUAUAUAUUCAUUUCAUUCCUUAUAAUAACCAGCAGAAACUAACAAACUUGUUAUUUUGUCAUAUCUAACAAACUUGAUAGUAAUAGCCUAAAUUAAUCAAGAUCAAUCAAUGUGUGUGAAACAUAUUACAUGCAUACAUAUUAUGUAUAUGCUGUAGUAUUAUAAUUAAAGAAACAAAAUACAUCAAAUGUUAUUUCCUUUAUUAAAAAAAUAUUGUCCUCAACCACGUUUUCCAUAUUUAUCGUAAGCUGCUGUGAUUUUUACCUUGGCGUUGUAGAUUUUAAACGGAGAUUUGUACUUUUCCAUGUUGC